AUGGUGAUCUGUGCCUCCCCACAGCGCAGACAGAGCACUGGUGUGACCCAGGGUGGCCAGUCCAAAGGCAAAUCUGCUGUUGCUAAGGCAAGACGAAACACCUCUGCCAGUGCCAAGACAGUGCAACCACCAAAGAAAAAUGUAGAGCCGACUCAAGAGGAGCUAGCUGCAGUGACCAUCCAGCGGGCCACUCGAGGCCUGCUGGCCAGGCGAGAGCGGGUCCGGAGACAGAAGGAAAAACAGGACUAUGAAGACCUUAUGGAUCGCUUGGAGAAAGAGGCUUUUGUGGCGCUAGUACGAAGAGAACAGGAAGAGGCGGAGUGGAAAAGGAAGAAGGAGGAGGACGAGAGAAAGGGGAAGAAGGAAGAGCAGCUGCUGCGAACCCGACUUCUGGAAGCAGCGUUCGAUGGAGAGGCAGAGGAAGUGUUAGCAAUUUUGAAGGAGGUCUCUGAUAGGGACACAAAGCGUGGCCUUGGGUUGGAUGAAGCAGGCAAACGCCAGCGGCUGCUAAACCAACUUUGCAUGAUAAACAUCACAGAUGCCAAUGGCAACACAGCAGUGUCAGAAGCAGCAGGUGGGGGUCAGCCGGAAGUCAUCACCUUAUUGGUGGAGAGGGGUGCGGACAUAAACACACGGGGUGCAUUUGGACGGACUCCAAUCUACAGAGCUGCGUUUGGAGGCCAUGUUGGGGCAGUCCAGACCCUUCUACAGCUUGGGGCAGACCCGAGGACCCAUGCAGAUGAUGGUAGCACUCCAGAGCAGGUGGCUUCUGAAGAGGCUGUGGUUGCCACUUUACAGAACUGGGAUCUGAGUGCCACUGACUCCAUGCUGACGAAGAUGAAGGCAGAGGAACAGAGGAGGGCGGAGGAAGAGAAAAAGCAGAACGAGGCGGAGACUGAGCGGGGGAAACAGUGCAAGCGUGCAAACCAAAAAUGGCCUGUGUUUUCCCUCAGCCUGAAAGGGGAGGUGGAGCAGCUCCAGAAAGAGCAUGAGCGAUGCCAAAGAGAGCUGCAGAAGGCCUUCGUUGAGCUGAAUAAGAGGAUCACAGAACAUGAUACAUGUGUGAGGAAGGGUAUGGAGGAGCAGGUUAAAGUCACCUUGCAGGUGGUUCAUGAAGCUGAAGAUGUGUUGGCGAAAGCUCAAAUAGCAGCUCAUGAGGCUGCAGGGCAACUAUCCCUUGCCAAGCUGACACUGAGAGAGCAGUCUGGUGGAGAUGCUGUCCUGGACCGUGGUGGGGUUCGUUGCCCGGUUCGUGACCUUGAGGAAGUUCUUAUUAAAGAUGUAGGCGGCAAGAUCAAGCAGGAUGGCAGGUGGCCCCUGCUUGUGGAUACCUAUGGUCAGGCUGCCACAUUUCUACGCUACAGAGACACUAACUACCUGGACGCCUUGCACCCUGGAGACAUGCAGCCUGACAAACUGAGGCUCGCUCUACUGGGGGCCAUCAGGUUCGGAAAGCCCUUGGUUAUUAACAUGAUGGAGGUGGACUUGUUUGAGAGUGUACAGAACCAGCUAGACCAGGUGAACCCAGGGUACCUAAGCCUGGUGCGCUCCACAGAUGGUCCUCAGUAUGCCAGAACUGAGUUCAUGCUGGACCGCAUUGAGAAGUUCAGCCUGGUCUUGGUGACCAAACAGCGCCACCCUCCUGAUGCACUGCUCACAGCAUUCUAUCCCAUCCAUGUCAUGCUGCCAGAACCCAAAAAAUGA